CAGCUAAUAAGCAUCGGCAAGACAAGCAAUGAAUUCAAAGAAAUCGAAGCCCUGUUCCACCAAACAGUUAAGAUACCACUGAAGUCAGUAACUCGAAUACAGAACAAGCCUCUAUGGAGCUUCUAUUAUAUGAAGAAGCAAGCAAUACUGAAAAAGAAACCUGGUCUAGCCAUAACAAAACGUUUGUUUCAUGGGACAAGCGAGGAUCUUAUUGAUGCAAUAUGUCAUCAAGGAUUUGAUUUCAGAUUGAGUGGGAGCAGGAUAGGACACGUGUAUGGUUAUGGGAGCUAUUUUGCACGAGAUGCCUCCGUUUCCUGUGGUUAUACCAAUUCAGGGCAACUGUUUGUAGUUGAAGUGGCGGUUGGAGAAUACACAAAAGGGUUGUGUGAUUAUCGGAGGCCACCACAGAAAGGUCUAGCCAGUUUGGAUUUGUAUGAUUCUUGCGUUAAUGAUCCACUCAAUCCGUCUACAUUCGUCAUCUUUGACAAUCACCAAGCCUAUCCCGAAUAUCUCAUUAGAUAUUAA